AUUAUUUUCUGCCAGAGGUAUAUACUGAGAUCGAUACUGCUUUCAUAGUGGAGGGAUUUGUUUUUAAAAUGAAUUUAGGUUCAUUCCAGCAAGCGUACAUCUUAAGCUACGAUUUUUUUGUUUGUUUGUGGCGUGUCCCUUGCUUUCCAUAUCGAGGUCUUCCCAAAAUAGAUAGCAUAUGUUGAAAAACCUUUAAAUUGCCAACGUAUCAUUGUCUGGAACAAUUUGGAUUUCGUUUGGCAUGAAGACCCUUAGCUGUUAUUUACUUGAAUUUGUAUUAGGAAUCGUUUAUUUCAGAAUGCAUACUAUAAUUGAUUGAAUGCUAUUUAGUUCUAAAAAUGGGAAAUCAGUGCCGUUCCGAAUGAAUGAACUCAAUUACAAUAGAGUAACGACAUUGGUGCGCUAAUUCUGGUUAUGUUGGCUGUAUUGAAAUCUGCGCUGGCGCCUAGGUAGACUUGUCUAGGGCAGCACUCCAAUUCUGAUGCUGGUAAGUAGUGGAAGGUGAGAAUGGAGAAAAGUAUACAGUCUGUUUUGUUACUCGCUCUACCCUUGGGAGUUCAUUCAAUAAUGAAAGAGCUUAUGGGGUUGAGGGGAUCCUGAUAGAAUGGCAGAGAUUCUUUUUUGGUUCUCUUUGUUCUGGAGAGUAAGUCUACCAUUUCUAGCACUUUGGAAAAAAUUGGAACCUGACCUUCAUUUUGAUACAGCUUCUGCAAAUCGUUUGCCAAGUUAUUACAGGCCAUGACAUCUGCUACUAGUCCUUUCGUUCGAUUGACAAACACAGAUGCAUAUGCCUUCCCAGUUCCAACAAUUUUCGUUUAUCAUGGGGAAUGCUCUGAACUCAGGAUAAUAUUAUGGCGCUGAAAAUUUGGUCAAACAUGCAUUUAUGCUGUCUUUCCAGCGUCCAUCCUUUGUAACGAUUCAUGAUUAUGAAGUGCUUCAUUUUUGAGGGAUAACUAUAGCUUAUUAUCCAGGUUCGGACAUUCAGGCAGACACCAUGCAAACACGUUAUUUAGUGAAUCCAAGUCACAUGGGUUAUACAGGUGUACCAGCUUCAGGAAAUAUGGUACUUGUAAACAACUCAUCAGAAAAUAACAACAUGCCAGAUAAUGGUCAAUCUCAACUCCAUUUGACAGGUUUUGCUGAUUCUGCUGCUAUAUCAAAUCCCUCUUCUGCCAGCAAGCUAGCAAAUACUGCUCUAGUGAAUCAGGGUGUUGCAUCAACUUUUCUUGGAUCACACCUUGCUUAUAGCUCAUUGAGGAAUGGUGGGAACGAGUCCACCUUCCUCCAACCUACAGAUUUAUUAUCCAACAAUCAUUCUGUUUGUGGACAGACAAAUAAUCCAGUACAUAUGGGUCAUCAGUCAGUUGCUGAGAUUCCUCAAUUGUGGCUGCGACAGCAAACUGGAGUUCUCCCAAGCAGACUAGCAUUGCAACCAGAGCAGUCACAUUGUUCCAGGGGAUGCAGUCGUGGUCAGGGUUUAUCCCUAAGCUUGUCUCCUCAGCAGAUUUCCACAGUUCAGUUGCACUCUUGUCAAAACCAGCCUAAUGAUCUGGAUAUACAUCAUACAACUAAUUCUCUAUUCACUUCAGAAGAAAAUGGAGCAAUGGAUGGUAAAACUACAGACAAGUGGGCAGGAAAUAUUGGCCCUUUCCAAACUCCUUCAACAGGUGAGGUAUUCGGAAAUCAGCUUGCAAAUAUUCUUCAUUUCGCUGGGCCAACAAAACAAUUCCAACCAGAUUUUAGUCCAGCUGGAGCAUUGGGAGUCCCCAAUAUUCUGAUGCAUCCCAAUUACCUCAAAGCAGCACAACAAUUGCUCGUUGAAUUUGUUGAUGUGCGCAAGGGUAUGAAGCCUAAUUCAUCCAAACAUCUGGAAAACAGUGAGAAUAAUGAAGAAGCUGAUGGAAAGAAUUGUGUAACAACUGCCACACAAGAGAUUUCUAUGAAUUGUGGUUCUGAAUCAACACCAGCAGGAAGACAGGAUUUUCAAGUGAAAAAGACAAAGCUUGUGGGAAUGUUGAACGAGGUGGACCGAAGGUACAGAGAAUACUACCAUCAGCUGCAGAUUGUAGUUUCAUCAUUCGAAGCUGCAGCUGGUUUUGGUGCUGCAAAGACAUACACGGCUCUGGCACUUAAAACAAUUUCCUGCCACUUCCGUUGUUUGAGAGAUGCAAUCACUGGUCAAAUUCAUUCGACUAUCAAAAAUCUGGGUGAGGAAUAUUUAACAAAUGGGAAAGGUGAACUAUCUUUUCUUCACAUUCAAGAUCAACAACUUUGCCAACAACGAGCUCUCCAACAACUAGGGAUGAUUCAACAACAUGCCUGGAGACCUCAGAGAGGACUUCCGGAGCGUUCUGUUUCUGUUCUACGUACUUGGUUAUUUGAGCAUUUCCUUCAUCCCUAUCCAAAAGACUCUGAGAAACAUAUGCUAGCAAGGCAGACUGGACUGACCAGGGGUCAGGUCUCAAAUUGGUUUAUAAAUGCACGUGUCCGCCUUUGGAAGCCCAUGGUGGAAGAAAUGUAUAUGGAAGAAACUAGAGAAUCUGAGAUGGAUUCUAAUUCAUCACCUGCAAAGAUAUCUGCAGUAAAUGGUGAGAAAAUGGUACCAGUAGAAUCAAAGCACACUGAAGGAAAUAGUGAGAAUACACAGAAACAUGCAAGAAGCUUGCAAGAGAGACAUUGUGAGCAAGAAAAUGCUUUGAAUAUCAAAAAUGGCAUAUCAGGUAUGGUUUCUGUACCGUACGAUGAUAAAUUUCAAAAAGAUCAAAAUCAGGAUACUACAAGACAUGGGCUACCAAAGAACGUUUUGAGUGUGACUCCGGAUUCUACAUCUCUUAUGACCUCCAGCAUGAGCAAGUGUGUAGAUCUUAAGUCAGAGGAUACACAGGAUGAAGACAUUUGUGAUGAUACGCAGAACAAUAAAAGGCCCGACAUUGAGGAUUACAAUCUUCUUCAUAACAUUAUAGUUCAUCCCAGUAAUAAUGCACCUCUUAGUCCCUAUCAGGUUGGGAGUGUGAGUACAUUUGAUCAGGACUGUUUUACUACCAGGUUUUCCAAAAGCAGCGAUGUAUCGCUCACUUUGGGAUUGAAGCAUUGUGAUGGCCUAUCACUGUCAGAAACCAACCACAGUUAUAUUUCCAGCCAUGUUCUUCUGAUGGAAGAGCAACAGGAUGUCGGCAACAACUGUGAGGAUUAUAAUCACAUUAAUAAGGCUUCAGUAGCUCAUGCUGCAAAUCCUCAUGAAAGAAUGAAUCUACAAAACCAAAAGCCUUUUGUUUCUCAAUCAUUGCACGACUUUGUAGCAUAAGGCAGCAAGAUAAUUUCUACACUCUGCACAUUUGUGUAGGAAGGUUCCUUGUCAAGAAUCUCUAAUAUUGACCCUUUUAAUGAGUUGUAAACUAAAUAAAAUCUGUCUCUGUUGAUUUAAGUAUUGAGUCGUGUUAAAUUCAGUCUAGGCAAUCUAUGGUUUUAUAAUUUUGAAUCUGCAUUGUUAUCUGCUUUAAUGCUAAAAAAGAAUCAUAGACCUGCUGUAAAAUUGAUAUUAAGUGAACUCUGUCUUGAGAAUCACUGUAAAGUCUCAUAUGUAAUUGAAUAUAACAUUUCUGAGAUAUGUCAAUUUUGUAUAUCUAAUAAAUCUUGAAAUGCAAAAUUGUUUUGUUUGGUGGUUGUCA